GUAAUUCCCUAUUUUGGCGAAAAUAUUUAUCGGCUAUUCUAACUCUGAAUGAUAUAAUUGCGGAAAAUGAUGAGAAAUUAACCGCAAACCUUGAUGAUACUCUAACCAAUUGUCGAGAAAUUCCAUUCAUAGCUAUUGAUAGCAUUCAGGUUUUCUUUGACAUUCUCGUACCAGACGGAGAGACUCUAGAAAAAUGCGAAGAAAGACAUACUGCACUAUCAAGAGCUUUUGGUAUAAUAAAUGAUUAUAAAGAAGUCACUUCCAUAGUUUAUGUUUCUCUUUUCGACACACACUAUUACGCAAAUGGAAUGAAGAUACAGAACCUUCUUAGCGCAUAUACUAUUAAACAAGAUAUGGUAAUUAGUACAAGAGUUUCUGAAAAUAUAGAAAAAGAGAAAUAUCCUGAUGCGUAUUUAUUUCCACCUAAAAAAGGGAUUGAAAAAGAAAGUCCUGUAACAGGAUUGGAUUUUACUUCAUUAUAUUUCAGUAUUAUCAUGACAUAUAACCUCUUUAUAGAAAAAUUUAUAUUUGAUCCAAAGGAUGCUAAUAUUCCAAACGAAAAGAAAGGCAUAUACCCAGCUGUAUUAGAGGAUUUAUUUAACAAGAGAUUGAAGCUUAAAGCACAUUUGAUCUCACUAGGAAAGAAAAGGCAACAUCUUGGAAAGAUGAUAAGUUCAGCUAAAGAAAGAGGCAAAAGGAUUCUGGAAAGCUUAAAUUUAGAAUACUUAUCUGUAUGCUUCGAUUAUGAUUAUUGGGAUUUAAAGCAAAAGGCUUUAAAGAACUACUAUGGCAGGAAAUAUAACCUUAAUCUGAUUGCUGAAUUCAUAUCAAAGAAAGUGUUUGAGAUAAAAUAUGAGGAUACUGAUUCUUUAUAUUUCACUUGCUCAGAUAGAAAGAAGAUUAUGAGAGAAGCUAUAGAUAUAAAUAAUACGCACUCAAUUUGCAAAAUUGUUGAAGAUACUCUUAGAAAAGCAUAG